AUGAAGUGUCCAGAUGAUUCCUGGCCAGCAGAGACGAAGGUGGUUUGUGGCCUCAAGCAUACUGAGUAUCUAUCAUUUGAUGACCCACUGGGAGCAGCUCUGAGUAUUCUCAGCAUUUUGCUUUCUAUCAUUCCUGCUUUUAUACUGUGGAUUUUUAUUAAAUAUCGCGACACUCCAAUAGUGAAGGCAAACAAUCGUAAUCUGAGCUACUUUCUGCUUGUUGCUCUUAUUCUGUCUUUUCUCUGCUCCUUAAUAUUUAUUGGAAAACCACAGACUACAAGCUGCUUACUUCGACAGUCUGCAUUUGGAAUUAUAUUUGCUGCCUGCAUUUCUUCAAUCCUUGCAAAGACAAUCACUGUAGUUAUAGUAUUUACAGCAACAAGGCCAGGAGGCUUCCAGCAGAACUGGUUGGGAUCCAGGACUCCAAGUUUUAUUGGAUCUGCCUGUGCUGUUGUACAGGUCAUUCUGUGCAUGGCUUGGCUUGGAUAUGCAUCACCUUUUCCUGAAAAAAAUAUGAACUCAUUCAAAGAAAAAAUAAUUAUAGAAUGCAAUGAAGGUUCUAUUACCAUGUUUUGUUCAAUGCUGGGAUACCUCGGACUGUUAUCAAUUGUAUGUUUUAUGGUUGCUUUUUUAGUUCGGAAAUUACCAGACAGAUAUAAUGAGGCAAAGUACAUUACUUUUAGCAUGCUUAUAUUUGUUAGUGUUUGGCUGUCAUUCAUACCAGCAUACCUGAGCACCAAAGGAAAGUAUGUGGUUGCUGUUGAAAUCUUUGCAAUUUUGUCCUCAGGCUGUGGGUUACUAAGCUGUAUUUUCUUUCCCAAGUGUUACCUGAUUUUACUGAGACCAGAUCAGAAUAUUAAAGAAUCUGUUGCAUGGAAAUCACACUAA